UCCGGAAGGUAUUCACUGCGGCCACGUAUUGUGUGCAUUUGUUAUGUCGCCGACUGGAAACACAGUGGUUCCGUUUGACACGCUAAUGCUACAUUCGGUUCGUGUUUGUGAGUGUCACGUUCUUCCCAGCGGGUAAACAUGUCCGAGGCUCUGUUGCAGUGGUGCGUGGACCAGUUACACUACAAGUUCGGGUUGGAAGCAUGUGAAGACAUCGUCCAAUACAUUCUAUCCAUCGAAAAUGCUGAAGAGAUAGAAGAGUAUGUGGGAGACCUCCUGCAGGGCACCGAUGGGAGGAAAGGACAGUUCAUCAAUGAGUUCCUCAGCAGGUGGAAGAGGACUAAAACACAGGCUACAGAUACCUCAGGUGUUUUCCUUCUGAAGGAAUCGACUUCAUCAGCAGAGUCACAAGACGUGACCAAAGACGGUCAGAAGAAGUCAAAACGCAAGGGCCGUAACAAACAGGAUGUGCUAACUGUGAGCCCAGCGGAGCCCGAGCCAGAGGCAGUCAAAACCCCCAUUGAUCUGAUGAGGGCCCAAGAAAACAGCAGUUCUUCUUCAACAAAGAAGAAAAGUAAGUUCGUUAAUAUCUAUGCUAAAGAAGGACAAGACAAGCUGUCCAUCUUACUCCCGGGUAGACAUUCCUGUGACUGCCUUGCCCAAAAGCACAAGCUUAUAAACAACUGCAUCAGCUGUGGCCGCAUCGUAUGUGAGCAGGAGGGCUCAGGGCCCUGCCUCUUCUGUAAAAAUCUGGUGUGCACAAGAGAGGAGCAGGAGAUCCUGCAACGCGACUCCAACAAAAGCCAGAAACUACGAAAGAAGCUUAUGGGAGACGGUGGAGAAAGAGAUUAUCUCCCAAGCCAAGAGGCCAAGAUUAAGGCUGGUUUGGAGAAGGCUGUGCAGCACAAAGAGAAACUGCUGGAAUACGACAAGAAUAGUGUCAGGAGAACGCAGGUUCUGGAUGAUGAGGCGGAUUACUUUGCCACUGAAUCCAAUCAGUGGUUGUCCCCCGAUGAGCGAGAAAGGUUGAGGAAACAGGAAGCGGAGCUGAGAGAGCUUCGCCAUGCCUCCCGCAAAGACAGGAAGAUCACGUUGGACUUCGCUGGCAGGGAAGUGAUAGACGAGGGGAACAACCUCAACGAGUACUACAACAAGUUGGAUGAGACCCUCAUGGCUAUGAACAGCGGCUCUACGUCAAAAUCGUCAGUGGUUUCCAACAGACAUGGUGGAAGACAGACCCUCGGCCAGCUGGUCAACCCAAACAUUAUGCAGUCUGCACCAGAGUGGGUGGAUGUUGGAGGCAGCAAAAGCAACAAGAGAAACCCAAAGCCGGGAAAGAUCUCUGCGGAGGAAAAGGGAGGAGAGGAGCGCCAUAAGUUGCGGCUCCAAGACAGAGACCUGCAGGAGAUGUCCGACGGAGGCUGGUGCCUCAGCAUGCACCAACCGUGGGCCUCACUGCUGAUUAAAGGCAUCAAGAGAGUCGAGGGGCGAACUUGGUACACAUCCCAUCGGGGUCGUCUGUGGAUUGCUGCUGCAGCCAAGACACCCACUCCCCAGGAGAUUGCUGAGGUGGAAGCCAUGUACCGCCAAGUGUACAAAAAAGAGCCCAGUUUUCCUAAAGACUACCCCACCGGCUGCCUGCUGGGCUGCGUCAAUGUGACUGACUGCCUGCCUCAGGAGCAGUUCAGAGAGCAGCUCCCUGAUUCCUGCGAGGAGUCCGCUUCGCCAUUUGUCUUCAUCUGCACCAACCCCCAGGAGCUGCUGGUGAAAUUCCCCAUGAAAGGAAAGCACAAGAUCUGGAAGCUGGAGACUCAGUACCACCAAGGCGCCAAGAAGGGGCUUGUCCAUUCAGCUGCAGAGUGAAGCCGAGGAG